UUCACCCAAACACGGCCUUAGUGAGAAACACAUGCAAGAGUAGAUGUGUGUCCCAUGCCGAGCCUGAGCUUAAGCCUAUCUCUACCUCCACCUCUCAACAAUACCAACAACUCGGAGUUCCGGAGAGCCAUCUCCACGCUCCACCCCGCGCGUGAACCUCACGAUCUCCUCAAAUCCUGCAUCCGUUCCCGUAACUUCGCCCUUGGCAAGCUCCUCCACCGCAAAUUCACUGAGUCACAACUCACCCUUGACUCGCCCCUCCUCAACUCACUCAUCACCCUCUACUCUAAAUCCGGCCAAUGGCAACAAGCUCUCUCCAUCUUCCAAUCCAUGGACCCCAGCAUGCGAGACUUGGUCUCAUGGACCGCCAUGAUUUCUUGCUUCGCCAACCACCGCAUGCACCGCCAAUCCCUCUCCACCUUCAUCCAGUUGCUCCGAGCUACCGAUUUUUACCCUAACGAGUUCUCCUUUACGGCGUCGCUUCGGUCAUGUUCCAACGCGGAGUUUUUCUCCACCGGCCUUGCGGUUUUCGGUUUCGUCUUGAAGACUGGUUAUCUUGACGCUGAUGUUUGCGUCGGUUGCGCGUUGAUUGAUAUGUUUGUUAAGGGUAGUGAUGAUUUGGGUUCUGCAUUCAAGGUGUUCGAGAAAAUAUCGGAGAGGAAUGUGGUCACGUGGAACCUUAUGAUUACUAGGUUGGUUCAGUUUAGUCAUACUGGUGAUGCAAUUCACUUGUUUUUCAGCAUGGUGGAGAGUGGGUUUGGUCCUGAUAGGUUUACUCUGAGCUCUGUUUUGUCGGCUUGCGCCGAGUUGGAGUUGUUGGCGUUUGGGAAACAGUUACAUUCUUGGGGUGUUAAGUCUGGAAUGGGUUUGGAUGUCUUUUUUGGGUCUAGUUUGGUGGAUAUGUAUGCGAAAUGUGGCGCUGAUGGAUCAGUGGAAGAUGCUAGGAAGGUGUUUGAUAGAAUGCCGGAACGGAAUGUUGUGUCUUGGACUGCAAUUAUCGCGGCAUAUGUGCAGGGUGGACUAGAACAGGAAGCUAUUGGGUUGUUUUGUGAAAUGAUUUGGGGUUAUGUCGUGCCAAAUUGUUUCACGUUUGCCAGCACUCUCAAGGCUUGUGCAAACCUGCCUGAAUUCGGCUUAGGGAAACAGCUUCACAGUCAAGCAAUUAAGCUAGGCGUUUCUGCAGUUAAUUGUGUGGGGAAUGGUCUUGUUAACAUGUAUGCAAGGUCUGGAAGAAUGGAGUGUGCUCGAAAAUGCUUUGAUAUUCUAUUAGAGAAGAACUUGAUUUUGUGUGACACGGCUGUUGAUUGGAAUGCGAAAAAUUUGGAUCCUAAAGAUGAUAUAUUCAACCUUGAAACUGAAGGCACAGGUAAUGGAGUUAAUGCUUUUACAUAUGGAAGCCUCUUAAGUGCUGCUGCUUGUAUUGGUACAAUUAGUAAGGGUGAACAAAUUCAUGCAAGGGUAUUGAAAUCCGGCUUUGGGAACAACUUAUGCAUUAAUAAUGCAUUGAUUUCCAUGUAUUCAAAGUGCGGAAAUGAAGCAGCUGCUUUACGAGUAUUCAGUGACAUGAAAGAUCGAAAUGUCAUUUCUUGGACUUCAAUCAUAAGUGGUUUUGCAAAACACGGGUUUGCUACGAAAGCCUUAGAAUUGUUCUGCGAAAUGCUUGAAGCAGGUGUAAAGCCUAAUGGGGUCACUUACAUUGCAGUUUUAUCAGCCUGUAGUCAUGUUGGCUUGAUAGACGAGGCAUGGAAACACUUUGCUUCCAUGCACCGUGACCAUGAUAUUGUACCAAGGAUGGAACAUUAUGCAUGCAUGGUUGAUUUGCUUGGUCGAUCUGGCUUGCUUUCAGAGGCCAUAGAAUUUAUUAACUCAAUGCCUUUCCGUGCUGAUGCGUUGAUAUGGCGCACAUUUCUCGGUUCUUGCCGGAUUCAUCAUAACUCCAAGUUUGGAGAGCAGGCUGCAAAAAAGGUUCUUGAGCUUGAACCUCAUGAUCCAGCUGCAUACAUAUUAUUGUCAAACUUGUAUGCUGCAGAAGGGCGACGGGAUGAUGUAGCAGCCAUUAGGAAAAGCAUGAAACUGAGAAAAUUAACAAAAGAAGCUGGGUGUAGCUGGAUUGAAGUUGAAAACCAGGUGCACAAGUUCCAUGUAGGGGAUACUUCACACCCCAAAGCUCAAAAGAUAUAUGAUAAGCUUGAUGAAUUGACUUUUAAAAUAAAAAACUUGGGUUAUGUCCCAAAUACAGAUUCUGUUCUUCAUGAUGUAGAGGAAGAACUGAAGGAACAGUUUCUGUUUCAACACAGUGAAAAAAUUGCAGUGGCAUUUGCACUGAUCAGCACCAGAAAACCCAAACCUAUAAGAAUAUUUAAGAAUCUAAGGGUUUGUGGUGACUGCCAUACGGCAAUAAAGUAUAUUUCAGUAGUCACUGGAAGAGAAAUUGUGGUGCGAGAUGCAAACCGGUUUCAUCAUAUCAAGGAUGGAAAAUGUUCUUGCAAUGAUUAUUGGUAAUUCACAAACUUUCGAUUAUGUGAAGUUGUUUAUAGACAGAAUAUAGAGGUAGAUAAUUCUUUGUACGAGUAUACUUUAUGCCAUGUAAGUUUUCCAUGUCCUUUUAGAAACUACAAUAGCUAAUGUUAAUCUC